AUGUGGCUGGGCUCAAGACCCUCGACCGUUAAUGAGACCGAGUACGGCGACAGUCUGAUCGCCCCCAAUGUCGUUUUGACAGCGGCGCAUUGUUUGAGUGGUAAAUUACGUUCUGUGGUCGUGGGUACGCACUAUUUAACCGGUUUUGCCGACGGGGAACUGGCCAAUGUCACCGAGGAAAUCAAACACCCCAAUGACAUCGACGUGGGCAUCGUAAUCUUGGACCGCAACAUCACGACCAUCCAACCUGUGGCGGUGUCGUUCCGGGGGACGUGCUCACUUGGUGGCCCCAAAUCGCGAGUGCUCAAGGAGCUCAACUUCACGACCUGGAGCAACACCGCGGCCUCGGAUGCGUUAUUCCCCAUCCCAGUGACCGAUACGAUGUUGGGUGCUGGAGGGGUGAAAGGAGAAGAUGCGUGUACCGGAGACUCGGGGGGAUCGUUGACCAUCGAAGAAAAUGAUACCGUGCGCUUGGUGGGGGUGUCCAUCUGGGGCUGUGGCUGUGGUCGGCGCGGCAAGCCAGGUGUCUAUGCACGCGUCAGCGCUGUUCGUGACUUCAUUGAACCGUACUUGCCGAAGUGAGUCAAACUUGCGCGUGUCAUAAUGAAAGCGAGCGACAUGGCCAACAUGCAACCCACUUGUACAUACAACCG